GACCAUCAACAGCAGUCUCACAGUCAUGGAUCGUUUGGAGUUCAGCAGCGGCUUUACUGAUCUAUCUUGUGUGACUGCCGAAGAGUUUGAUGAUCCAUCAUGUGGUUUCAUGCGUUUUCAACUGUCCGUGGACGAUGUGGCUCUCGAGGAAUAUCGCAUCGGAGCUGGACGAAGCCAAUUCGAGUAUGAGCAGUUCAGCUUCACUGCAAGCCAGAUUAGAAAGGAUGACAGCCGGUUUGUUGUUCUAAAUUGCACUACGGCACCCAACUAUGAAUGGAUUCUGAACACUCAAAUGCGGAUCAAAACAGGAACAAUAGGGGCUGAAGUACUGAAAGUGGUUGAUAAGGAUGUCUUCGAAUUUUAUCCAAAAUGCGAACCAAUCUCCAUUGAAGUUAUGAGUGACGCUAUAGCUACGGUAAAAUUUGAAAUCAGAAUUCUCAACAAGGUCAUCGAACAACUUCCCACAUUUGAAGAGGGUGAUCUGACCAUUCGCUUCGAUGACGGCUCCAAGAUAAAAGUCUACAGAGAUAUUCUUGCAUUGCAUUCGUCCUACAUAAAGAAAUGCACGGAAGAUUCAGCAAUCACAUGCGUGGAAGACUUUGCUCGAGAGCCCUUCAUUGAAAUGCUGUAUCAAAUCUAUCCGACAUUGCGCCCGAUCUACCGUAACAUACGUGACUUAGCAAAAGCAGCUGUUGCAUUCCAAGUCAAUCCACUGAUAUACGUUCUGGCUAAGCAUUUGGUCAACUUCAAUACUAGAGCGAUGUCCCUGGAGCAGAAACUGCGAGCCGCAAUUGAUAUGGAGUUGUGUCCUGCUAUCGAAGAGCUUGUAUACCGGGCUGCGCAAGAUGGAGUGUGGAGCCAUCUGAUUAAACUUGGCUUUGAGCCAGAAUCAUUUUUUGGUCCAGAAGUGUACAGAAAAGUAGUUUGUCCUGCUAUAGUUGCUGGUCGCCAAAACGAGUAUGGUGUCCCGUUCAUUCCAAGGCCAUACGUUCAACCUAAUUUCUUUAGUGAAGAGUCUGCAAAUGACAAAAGCAACAUUGGCGUACUCUUUCGCAGCACUCCAUUUUACGUGAACCGAGGCAUCAUAGAAGUGAAUGGAUCCAGCAAAUUCGCAAAAAAUACUGAUGGAUUUAUACAAGCCUUAUUCACAAAAGAGAUGGAGGAACAAUGUGUGAAAGCAGCUGUUGUACCAGGCGAGGUGCUGGUAUCACUCUUCUCAUCCCUCUACCCACUCGGUCCCGCGAUACCCAUAAAUUUCUUGCGAGCAGCUAUCGUGUUCUGCCACGAUCACGAUUGGCAUCACGUUCAAAGCAGACUAGAGCAGGAUCUCCUGCAACAGCCACCAGAGACUCGCGAAGCAUAUCGCGAUCAAAUAAUUUUCGCUGAAAAACUCAAACUUGCCAAUAUGCUUACGGUCUCCAUCCAAAGAGCUGAGGGAAGCUGCAAUAAGUUUGCAAAUGAACUUAUCAAGAACAACGAGUUGAGUAUGAUUUCUUCAUCGACAAGAGAUUUGAUCAUGGAUCGUGUGUGCAGCGGUUGGGGUUUGGAGCCAAAACAUGUAAACAGAUUAGCGACGAGGGAGCCAACAUCUUUCCGAGAACGCCAAAUUGGUCUCAUACGUGGUGGACCAAGAGCAUUCGAAGAUGAACGUAAAGCGGCUACGCUUGCAGAGAUGGUGUCUGAUUACUACUUUGGUCCUGUUGGGGAAAUUUGCGUCGUUAACAAGUGAAUGUACUUCAUGCGAUAAUUCUUAUCGAACCAUCUAAAUUUGGCUGUUAUAACAAAUGUUUUCGUUCUUUCCUGCGCAGAGAUGUAUGGUUUGAAUGCACUCAUUUUGGAUGAAGUAUUUGUGUGU